AAUGUCAGGAGCAGGAAGCGUCUUCUCUCCAUGGAAACCCGUGGAGAAGACAGAGGUGUGUUUUACAAAUGGCUGAAUUCGUGGUCAGAGCUUCUCAUGGCAAAGCGACGUCUCUGAGUUUGAGCUCAAAGAAGCUGAAGGAGGUUCCUCAGUGUGUUCUCUCGUUAACAAACCUGUCGGUUCUCCUGCUGAACAACAACCGUAUCACUGCUCUGCCCUCACAGCUGACAUCUCUCCUGCACCUGGCAGAGCUGAAUCUGGGGAAUAACGCCCUGAAGGAGAUUCCAGCUGUUUUGCGCCACCUGGAGUCCUUGAAGAAACUUUAUCUGUUCAGCAACCAGAUAACAGAAGUGUCACCGGAAGUGAUGGCUGCCCUACGGAAUCUGGUUGUGCUCAAUCUGAACCACAACCAAAUACAGAGACUUCCUCCAGAGAUUAAAAGUUUGAGGAAGCUUCGACAUCUCAGUGUGCUGGACAAUAACCUGGAGGAGGUCCCUGCUGAGCUGGGUCAUCUCACCAAGCUGUCCGAGAUGAACCUGACUUCCAACAAGCUGUCUCGGUUGCCUGAGCAGCUGUACCAGUGUCGAGAGCUGACCAAGCUCCACGUGGCCAGAAACCAGCUCACCAGCCUCCCAGAGGGAAUUGUGGCUCUGGAAAAACUCCAGGUUCUCGAUGUGGCCGGGAACAAGUUGUCCAUGUUCCCUGUUGAGUUUCACCUGCUGCCCCUGAAGGAGCUGCACUGUGAAGGCAACCGGUUUGUGCACUGUGAGCCAAUGCCGUCAGUUCAGGAUGCAGAAGUACUCGCAUUAAAGGAACUGGUUGCAAGAUUUGUGUUAUGGGAGAACAGGAACAGGUUCUCUCUGAUCCACAGGAGGCUUCCCAACUACCCACUUCUCACUGCUCUGUUAGCCAAUGGCAGCUGUUGUGCAGUAUGCCUCCGCCCCUUUCUCACCACCUGGCUGGAGUGUGUGCAUUUUGUCAGUCUGAGGAAGGACAUGAAAAUGAGGAGUUCACUGACUAUACCCGUCCGUGCCCUUCUCUGCUCCUACAAGUGCUUUAAUACAGAAGGACACUCCUACUAUGGCGUAGCUAUAAGAUGAAUGAAGUUCAUGAAAAAGGUACUAACACAACUAACCAUGACCCAUCACUUUUCAUCACACAGAUUUGCUAGCACUCAUAUUUAAGACCUUAUGAAUGAGACAACACAUAUCAGCAGCGGUUUGAUGUGUUGAUGUUCUUUCCAAGCCCUCACGAUGAGAUUUUCCUCUGUGGCCACUAGAUGGCAGCAAAUGAACGUGGUUGUUGGCACAUUUAGUUGGACCCUGUUUCAGAGCUUAACUCAGUCCUCAGCUGACUUUAUAAUACACAUUUAAUGGGUGGUAAAUACUGCUUUUUACACGUCAACAAACAGUGACCUAAAAUAUGUUUUUUAUCCACACAUUGUUUACCCAUGCGUAAAACCUAUGACCCCUGUUUUUUUCAUGUUGGUUAUUGUCGGUACAGGUACAUGUCUGACCAUGAUCCUUGUAGAGAAACACCAAGCUUAUCUGAAGCCUCAAUCAUCCCACCUAAUUACUGCUUCAUAAAAAUGUAAACAAUCUAUUUACUAAAAUGUUUACCCUACACAUUUGACGUUUUAAAUCUAGUGCUGAUCGAGCUGCACUAACUGACUCCACGGAUGCCCCCUAUCUCUGUCUCCAUCUCCAGCCAGGGGCAUCUGUUCCAA